AUGGGCUCGUAUAGGAUAACAUCCCUUAUAGCCACCUCGACAAGGCCGUAAACCAAACUUCUUUUCCCAAAUACCAGUCGACUGCCAUGUUUAACAGCAGUCGCGACAAUACGACCGAGCAGGAGAAGAAUGAUGACGAAAUUUACACUACGGAGCUGAAGGGUGAUGAGUCUCCGUCCAGUUCUUCCUCUGAUAUCGACGAGAAAAACGAGAAAUUCGAUCCGUACGUUGAUCAGUCACAGGAAGGUAUCGCCGUCGAAGAAGCCAAGCUGGACGACUUCAUUCAUCGGGACGAAAAAUAUGAUUGGGACUCUGAAGAGUUUCGCAACAUCCCAGAGCUAGUGAGAAAUACUGUCAGCUUUGAAGAUGAUCCUUCGAUGCCCGUUAUCACCUUCCGAGCCAUUCUCCUUUCCACCAUCUUUUGUGCUAUAGGGAGUGUCAUCUCACAAAUCUCAUACUUCCGUACCACAACGGCUCAGUUCCCUGUGUUCUUCGUUAUCUUGGCUUCCCAUCCACUUGGAAAAUUGCUCGCGAGAGUUCUGCCCGACUACACUGUCCCGCUUGGAAGGUUCUCCUUCUCCCUGAAUCCAGGUCCUUUUUCAGUCAAAGAGCAUGUCAUCAUUGGUAUUGCGGCUAAUACUGGAAGUCAAGGUCAAUGGGCGACCUACUUGCCAACCAAUGCCGCUUUAUAUUACAACAUCACAAUGAGUCCUGCCAUCGCGCUUUUCUUUGGCUGGGGUGUAUCACUUUUGGGUUUCUCGUUUGCGGCAAUGGUCCGGCCAAUUUUGAUUGACGAUCCCCAAUUCAUCUUCCCUCUUUCUAUGCAGCAAGUCGCUGUCUAUCGAAGUAUCCAAGGAACUUCAGAGCUUCACCUUGAACGAUCACGCAAGCAGAUGAGAGUUUUCUGGUGGCUUUUCCUCGGAAUGUUUGCUUGGCAAUUCCUCCCCGAGUUUGCCUUCCCUUUUGUGGCUUCCCUCGCCCCCUUGUGCUGGUUUGCAAGCCGUAACCACAAGGUGAACUUUCUCGGUGCCGGGAGAGGUGGCGCUGGACUAUUGAACAUCACCUUGGAUUGGUCAAACAUCACAUCAACUGUUAUCACUUAUCCUUACAGUGUGCAAGUAAUCAUCUUUGUUUCCUUUGUGAUCGUGUGUUGGAUCCUGAUUCCUAUCGCUUACUUUGGUAACCUUUGGGGAUCCCCCACAUGGAACAUCAUGUCCAACGGCGUCUUCAUGAAGAAUGGCACUUCUUAUCCCUUCAACAGUCUUUUGGAUACCGACGCCCAAGGCUUCCAGGUCUUCAAUGAGACCAGGUAUGAAGAGAUCGGCCUUGCAUACUCUGGAGCUCAGUACCUGUGGAAUGUCUUUAUGUGGUAUGCUUCAUACAUCUCAUCUUUUGUAUGGUGCGGCCUCUUCUUGGGUCCGACCAUCAUGCACGUUUUUAGGGCUUGGCGUGCAAAGAAACCAGCUCAUAACGAUCGUUUGAGCCGGAUUGCUGCCAAAUAUCCUGGACUGACUUGGUGGGAAUGGGGACUUCUAACUCUUAUUCCCUUUGUGAUACUCUUGGCAGUGGUCGUCAGUAAGAAGCUCUAUAUGUCCACAUGGACGUACUUCGUCGCUCUCGGCUUCGGCGCUGCUGCCAUGUUGCCCAUGAGUCUGGUCUACGCCAUGUCAGGAUAUUCGAUGAAGGUCGGUAUCUUUAAUGAGCUAAUUUAUGGAUACAUGAUUGAAGCGAAAGGCUCAUCUCGACACCCAUUGGGGCAGCUUGCAUAUCGAAUCAUCUCGGGAAAUGUCUGGUACGAUGCGCGAACUGUCCUGGAGGACCAGAAGAUUGGACAUUACUUCCAUUUGCCACCGCGACAGGUCAUCGGCAUUCAAAUCCUUGCCAACAUGCUGGCUUUACCUAUCAACUACGCGGUGAUGCGUUGGGUCUUGGACACCAAAUUUGAUUAUGUUAGCGGGAAAGAGGUGGAUCCAACAGGUCAAUGGACUGGACAAGAGUUCCAGAGCUACAAUUCUGCUGGUGUGCAAUAUUCUCUCGUCGGGCCCAAGAGGUUGUUUAGAUCCAGCGUCUACAGGCCUUUGACGUAUGGUUUUGUUGUAGGUGCAGCUGCGCCCGUGAUCAUUUGGCUCCUGCACAAGCGAUUCCCUCGGGCUCGCUUCAAUCUCUGGAACACAACCAUCUUUUUCUCUGGUGCGGCCACCUUCUAUGGCAACUUGAGUACUGGUCCAUUCACCGCUUUCAUUAUUGGAACGGUCUGGAACUUUUGGUUGUACAGAUACAGGAGAAAGUUUUGGAACAUGUGGGCUUACAUCAGUGGUGCCGCCCUCGAUACCGGUUUCAACUUCAACUUGUUGUUUAUCUUCAUCUUUUUGGGCACUACCGGUGCGGUCAUGCCUUACUGGUGGGGGAACAACGCCGACUCUAUCGAAAGGUGUUUUGCCCUCAAUGAAUAAGCUGGCAAAUGUCUUUUGCCUGCUUCUCCGGACAUUCGCCCUUCGCCGCCAGAGUUGACACAUCCUCGACAUUUCCAGCAUCUUUCACCCUCAGCACUUGAACUAAAUAAUGAACCGAAAGCUAUCCAUAUGGAUCAGCCAUAACUAAUAACUCAUAUCCCAUCCCCUCAAAAUUAUUUUACAUUUACCUUAUUCGGUAGAUAUACUAUGUAUACAACUCACUGUGGCACUAAAUUGAAACCACUAAGCCUUCGUGAGGGUAAUUGAUCUGCCAACCCCAGGUGGGCAAGUUCGAACUCAUGCUCUAGGCCCUCACAGUAUAAUAAUAGCCCAUCCUCGAAUUGGCCCAGUAUCCAUCGAGAGGCAUGUAUGAUCCAAGGUGGCAUGGUAUCGCUCUCGUUAUUAACGUUAUCGCUGGGGAGUUGGUGACCUUGCGAGUCUUCGUCCAAGGCCAAAUGGAGGGGGCUUUGGGAAUUACGUCGAGCUUGGCCUUGAGCUUGAACUUGAACCUGAGUUUGAGCCUGUAAAGAGAUGGUGGUUUCCAGGGUUGGCCGCCCUUUGAGUUGAUCGCGAUUGUAAGGCGCCCAGCAGAUGGGAAGGUGAUGUGAUCCUUCCCAUGAGUAUAGCUUGUGCAUAGUGAUCGUAAAAGCCUCGGCUAGUGAUCUCCACUUCAAAAUGAAGUGAAUGGGUAAGUUGUCAGCAUCAAUGAACAACAAUAUAAGAAAGAAUAUAGGGGUAGGGGGAUGUUAUCGAUGGCUUGAUACGCGGGUGGCUCG